UCUCUCUCUCUCUCACAGUGCUCACACUGACACACACACACGAACAGACCUUUCUCUUUCUCUCUCUCUCUCUCUCGAACCUCAGGUAACCGUUCGGUGGUUCAAAUUUCGCCGGCGAAGUUACUGGUGAGUCUUCCCCGAACCCUAGCUCUCGGCGAAGCAGCUUCUUGUUUAGUGAAAUCCACGGCGGACUUUCCGGCGAACCGUUGGAUUCUUUGGCGAGACUUUUGAGUGCCCUGCUCUGCAUUUUGCGGUCCUCAGAUCGAAACCUCUCGUAGUCUCUUUGUCCUGCUUUUCUACCUCUCUGAUUGAUUUUUCUUUUUCUAAGCUGAAAACCUCAGCUUUGCGAAGCAAUUUCUAAGGUUUUUGUACAAUUUACCUUUAAACAACCUUAUUUAUCAUUUUCUAGCUUCUUCUUUUUUUGCGUCAUAGGGAUUUCCCAUUUUGCCAAAGCCACUUCUUUUCAGGUAUCUCGUGGUUUCUGUUUGACCCUUCUUGCUUUCCAGAAGCUCCAAAUCUAGCCGUUGGAGAAAGUUGGCCGUUUAUUGCUGUACUUUUGGUAUCAAGCUUCUCUUUUGAAAGCUCAGUAUUCGUGAUUUCCGCCUCUUCUGCGUCAGUAUUUUCUGGGUCGGCACUAGCUUCACAUGGCUUUAUUGGGUCUUUUACUUUGUUGAAGUAGCAGACAAUGCGAGCUUUCUUAAAAAUGAAAAGGCAGCUAAUCAGUUUGCUUGCGUUGCUUCUGGCUGCUACAGUCCCAGUUUUUGUGAGAUCCCUGAAUCCGUCUCUGAGCGACGACGUGUUGGGGCUGAUUGUGUUCAAGGUGGAUAUCCAAGAUCCAAAGGGAAAGCUUGUAUCUUGGAAUGAAGACGACGAUAAUCCUUGUAGCUGGGUUGGUGUCAAAUGCAGCCCCAAAUCCAACAGGGUCUCCGAGCUCAACCUAGAUGGCUUCUCUCUUUCGGGCCGGAUAGGCCGAGGCCUUCUCCAGCUGCAAUAUCUCCGUAAGUUAUCCUUGGCGAAGAACAAUCUCACCGGAACCAUAAGCCCCAACAUUGCUCGGGUCGACAACCUUCGAGAGCUCGAUUUGAGCAAGAACGGUCUAUCAGGAGCUAUACCAGAGGAUUUCUUUCGACAAUGUGGGUCUCUGAGAGUCAUCUCCUUGGCCAAGAACAAGUUCUCGGGGAAGAUACCGGAUAGUUUGAGCUCAUGCUCUACUCUUGCUUCGAUUAACUUGUCGUCUAAUCGGUUUUCGGGCUCGUUCCCACUCGGGAUUUGGUCUAUGAAUGGGCUUAGAUCCCUUGAUGUGUCGGAUAAUUCGCUGGAGGGUGAGAUUCCAGAGGGGAUUAAAGGUAUGAAUAAUUUGAGAGCGAUUAACUUGGGCAAGAAUGGGUUUUCUGGGAAGGUCCCAGAUGGCAUUGGGAGUUGUUUGCUGUUGAGGUCCAUUGAUCUUAGCGAAAAUUUGCUUUCUGGGAAUUUUCCAGGGACAUUGGGGCAGCUUUCAUUGUGUAACUAUCUUAAUCUGCGCAAGAACUCAUUUGCUGGUGAGGUUCCGGGCAGUAUUGGCGAAAUGAAAAGCCUUGAAAGUUUGGACCUUUCGGCCAAUAGAUUUUCUGGUCAAGUUCCAAGCUCAAUAGGAAAUCUCCAGUGGCUGAAGGUUUUGAAUCUUUCUGCUAAUGGAUUUACGGGAACUUUGCCCGAGUCUAUGGUUAAUUUUGCAAACCUUGUGGUAUUAGAUCUUAGCCAGAAUUCAUUGGAGGGUGAUCUUCCUGCGUGGAUUUUCAAAUCGGGAUUACAAGAAGCUUCGCUCUUGGAGAAUAAACCGAGUGAAAACAUGAAUAACCCUUUUUCUUCGUUAAAGGAGAGCUCAUUUGAGAAACUUGAAAUCUUGGAUUUGUCCCAUAAUGCUUUUUCUGGGGAAAUUGCAUCUUCAAUUGGGGUUUUGAGCAGCUUGCAUAUCUUGAAUCUGUCAAGGAACUUUCUCAUUGGUCCUAUUCCAGCGACAAUUGGAGAGUUGAAGGUCCUGGAUAGUCUUGAUUUGAGCGAGAAUCGGCUGAAUGGAAGCAUCCCUCUGGAAAUUGGAGGAGUUAUAUCUUUGAAUGAACUGAAACUGGCGAAGAACUUCCUUUCAGGGACGAUUCCAUCUUCACUUGAGAACUGUUCUUCUCUAUCAAAUUUGAUUGUAUCUCAUAACAGACUGAGUGGCCUUAUACCUGCAGCAAUAGCCCAACUUACCAACCUACAAAAUGUGGACUUGUCUUUUAACAACCUUUCUGGAAACCUACCCAAGCAAUUGGCCAAUCUUGCCCACCUUCUGUCCUUCAAUAUUUCUCACAAUAAUCUCCAGGGUGAACUACCUGCUGGUGGCUUUUUUAAUACCAUCUCCCCCUCCUCUGUCAGUGGAAAUCCAUCUCUUUGUGGUUCUGCAGCCAAUAGUUCUUGCCCCACGGUCCUUCCGAAACCCAUUGUCCUCAAUCCUAACUCCUCUUCUGACACCACUUCUGGUUCAUUACCCCCAAACCUUGGUCACAAAAGAAUUAUCCUCAGCAUUUCUGCACUCAUCGCCAUUGGAGCUGCUGCAGUCAUUGUCGUUGGUGUUAUUUCCAUCACCGUACUUAAUCUUCGUGUUAGGUCAUCCACGUCUAGAUCUGCAGCUGCCCUCGCAUUAUCUGCUGGGGAUGACUUCAGCCAUUCCCCUACUACAGAUGCCAAUUCUGGCAAGCUUGUCAUGUUUUCCGGUGACCCUGACUUCAGCACGGGAGCGCAUGCUUUGCUCAACAAGGAUUGUGAGCUUGGCCGUGGUGGGUUUGGAGCAGUCUACCGGACUGUCCUUCGAGAUGGACACCCAGUUGCGAUCAAGAAGCUCACUGUCUCAAGUCUUGUGAAGUCUCAAGAUGAUUUUGAAAGAGAAGUCAAGAAAUUGGGGAAAGUCGGGCACCCUAAUCUUGUGGCACUUGAAGGUUAUUACUGGACUCCAUCGUUACAGCUCCUCAUUUAUGAAUUUGUCUCUGGUGGUAGUUUGUAUAAACAUCUCCAUGAAGGAUUAGGUGGAAACUUCCUCUCAUGGAAUGAGAGAUUCAGUAUAAUACUUGGGACAGCAAAAAGCUUGGCUUACUUGCACCAAUCGAACAUCAUUCAUUACAAUAUAAAAUCAAGCAAUGUCCUGAUUGACAGCACAGGUGAACCUAAAGUGGGAGAUUUUGGCCUAGCAAGAUUGUUGCCUAUGCUUGAUCGUUAUGUUUUAAGCAGCAAGAUUCAGAGUGCUCUAGGGUACAUGGCACCUGAGUUUGCCUGUAGAACAGUAAAAAUAACUGAGAAGUGCGAUGUGUAUGGGUUUGGGGUUUUAGUUCUGGAGGUGGUUACUGGGAAGAGGCCUGUGGAGUACAUGGAAGAUGAUGUUGUGGUGCUUUGUGACAUGGUCAGGGGAGCACUGGAAGAAGGCAGGGUGGAGGAAUGUGUUGAUGGGAGGCUGCAGGGUAAGUUCCCAGCUGAGGAGGCAAUUCCCGUAAUGAAGUUAGGCUUGAUAUGCACAUCACAAGUGCCAUCAAACCGGCCUGACAUGGGUGAAGUAGUUAAUAUAUUGGAGCUUAUCAGAUGCCCUUCAGAAGGCCAAGAGGAGUUGGAAUGAGUUUAGCUAAUAUUAUCAGAGAUUGGAAGAAGGGAUUGAAGAUGGGUUGUCCGGCGAAGAAGAAUCCGGUUUUUAUUAGGGAGAAGAAAAAUUUGAUAGUUGGAACACUUUUCCUUUUUUUUCUUUUUGUUGUUGCAGUUUUUUCAUGCUUGUUUCCCGUUUAUGUUUGUAUUUCUGCUCUAUGUAAUAGCCACGCUACCGGAUUCCUUUUCACCGGGUACCGAUUUGGUUCCCCUAAUGAAGAUUGUUACCAUGUUACUAAUC